CGCGCAGUGUUCGCACAACUGUCGACUCCGGCGCAACGCGAAUGCGCACCAGCCUCGCCUCUUGCCGUAGAGCUUCCACGAGGCUUUGCCAAUAAACCCUUUUUAAGAACUGUUAUGAACUAAAGUGAUAAUAAAAAGUGUUUUUGUAAUUAGUCCCAUUGAUGAUUGCUGGAUUUUAACUCUUCCAAGGUACUCCCAAAGUACUAUUCUUAAAAGGAAAGACAAAAAUGUUAUAUGUGUUUGCCUGCUAACAUUUCAUAAUGUUUAUAAACAAUAGAACGAUGUUCUUAACGACAGUUUUAGUGUUAAUAAGUGCGGUGGGUGCCAAUGUGAACUCCUCAGCUAGUGAUGUGACUGUGUCCAAGUCUCGCAUGUGGUGGCUGAAGACCCUGCUGGACCACCACUACUGGUCGGAGGUGGUCGAUAAGGCAUCGCUGCCGAAAAACUGUGAGGAAGACCUGAAGAACUACCUACAAGCACUCGAGAAAGGAGAACUAUGGGCUUCGAAGAUGUACGAUGCGUCGGGGCAGUACCUCCCUAACAUCCUGUUCGGCAACGACUUCUGGAUGGGAUCUAGCAACGCGUGCCGCGACCUUCAGCUCAAGCAGUAUUAUCACAGCACACCGCCCUUCGACGCCACCUUCUUUGUCGCCAAGAUCAACAUCAGCCUCGACGGUGACCACCUGCCGCAAGGAAGGUCGUCGCUGAUCGGAGAAUGCCUGCCAGCUUCCUGCGACACGGCUGCGGUGGCGGCGGUGCUGGCGGCGGCGGAGCGUGCGGCGGCCGCGCGAGCUGCCGGCGCUGGUCUCCAAGGCUCUAUCCGCACCUACAACGUGCGACAAGUUCCUGGAUCCUACCAUUUGUUAAAAGACACCAAAUUUUAUGUUCUAGCGACAACACUUGGCGUUUUGUUGCUGUUGAUGCUGACGGCUUCACUGUAUGAGGGCUACCUGGAGAGGAGCUACCACUUGAAGCUGGCGCGAGACCUCGAGCGGCGCCACGACACUCACAAACCUAGCAAUAACAAUGUGCCUGCCGAUGAGAAGCGGACCGACGAUGACAAUAAAGAGAGGGACCUUCGGCGGGAGACUCGCGGAACGUUGGCGGAGUUGCUUCUAUCAUUCUCCAUACUUUCCAAUGGGAGGACUAUUCUGAGCACGCAAGCAGCGAGCGAAGGAGCUCUUACAAGUUUACACGGUAUAAGGUUCUUGUCAGUGACGUGGGUAAUUAUGGUCCACACAUACCUGACUGUGUUCUAUAUAGCGGACAACAAGACCAUGAGAAUAGUCACGGAACGAAACCUGAUGUACCAGUCCGUCGGCAAUGCCUCGUACUGUGUCGACUCAUUCUUCUUCAUCAGUGGAUUGCUGGUAACAGUGCUCUUCCUCAGAACAGAAGCGAAAAAAGCUAAGAAACAGUCUGACAAACAAGACAUGAACAAAAAUGUAUACACAAAUUCGGCUCUUUCGAUCUCUGUAAUAAGCCAGCAGUCAUUUAAGGAAGAUUUGCUAGACAAACCGAAAGCUAAAAUAUAUACUUGGAGAGAGCUUGUUAAUAUAUUUCGAUCCUUUUUCGUGCUGUUCACGUAUCGGAUUGUGAGACUAACACCAGCGUACGCCUUCGUCCUGUGGUUGACGCAGAUCAUCUUCACCUACGUACACAAUCAGGCAGUUUUCGAGCCCGCGGUCAUCGACCACUUAACCUGCGAGCAGUACUGGUGGAGAAACCUUCUUUACAUCAACAACUUCUAUCCCCAGAGAGAAAUCUGCAUGGUUUGGUCUUGGUACAUGGCCAAUGAUACCCAGUUUUACGUAGUCGGCAUAAUAAUACUCCUUUUAUCAGUAAAACACCUGAAAUUCGCUGGAGUAUUUCUCGGGGUGGUCCUUGUGAGCUCUUGGGCGACUACUAUAUAUAUCUCCGUCUGGCAUCAAUAUAAGGCUCGCAUUCAGGAGCCCUUCGAAAUGUUCGACGCUUUGUACGAUAAGCCGUGGUCCAGGAUCGGGCCAUAUCUAGUAGGUAUGGUCGUGGGCUGGUACUUACACCAAACGAAGUGCCAGGUGAAGAUACCCUACUGGCUGGUGGCAAUUGGUUGGGCCACCGCGCUGGCCAUCAUCGGCACCCUCAUCUUCGGCAUGGUUGACGGGUACUUCGAGGUCUGGCCGACCGCAUUGUACGUCAGUGUUGGACAUACAGCGUGGGGCGUAGCGCUGGCGUGGGUGUCCAUCGCUUGUUGCUGCGGGUACGGCGGGCUGAUCAACUCGUUCCUGUCCUACCGCGGGUUGUUGCCCCUCAGCCGGCUCACCUACUGCGCGUACCUCAUACACCCCACCAUCAUGGUGUACACCUCCUUCCACCUCGAUGGACCAUUCCACUUGCAGAAUUCCAUCGUACUGGUCGUGUACGCUGGCUACGCGGUGAUGGCGUUCCUAGCUUCGUUCGCCGUGUCGAUAACCUUCGAGGCCCCGGCUGUGAGGAUCCUGAAGAUUAUGAGCGGGGGCCUCCGAAGACCCACCAAGCACUGAACGCCUUUACAAUGUAACUAAAAUCUGUACCAUAAUUACUUUUAAGAACUGUAAGAUCGUAAGUAUAUUUCUUUCUAUCGAUGGAGUUUUUACAACAACGCUACGACCCACGGGUGGGACGAGGGUAACUAUGAUUUAGUUUAUAUUAUUGUCUUCGGAUUCACACGUAAGCAGUUC